ACCCCUGCCCAGCUGCACCCUGCUGUCAGAGCGUUCGGUCCGCCGCAGCUCGGUCCCCAGACCCCUGCCCAAGAUGAUUUCAGCAGUGCUCUUGCUCUUAUUCCUUUUGUUUGGACAAGCAGAGCCCUUUCCCGUCUCUCCUCUGAGUGCCAGAUCCUCCCUGAUGCCCUGAUACCCCAUGGCCACCUCUAUCCCCUCAGCCGCUUUGGGAGAGCCUCAGCUCUGCUAUAUCCUGGAUGCAAUCCUAUUUUUGUAUGGUAUUGUUCUCACUCUGCUCUACUGUCGGCUCAAGAUCCAGAUGCGAAAGGCAAUAGUCAGCCAUGAGAAGACAGAUGGCAUUUACACGGGCCUGAGCACCCGGACCCAGGAGACUUAUGAGACCUUGAAGCAUGAGAAACCGCAACAGUAGCUUUAGAAUGGAUACCAUCGGGGACAUCCUUCUGUCCCUAGGCCACCUCCCAGAGUAUGUGGUUGGCAUCCACACAGUUAAUGCCACCUGACUCCACUCCCGUAAUGACGCUUGCCCCUCAUUAAUGUUCACCAGUGGACCUCCUCCCUUUCAAAGACUUAUGCCCAAAUGCUGUUCAUUAACAUUCUAGUCUUGCCCCCUUGUCCUACUCUUCUCUUCUUCCCCAUCUUCAACUUCUACUAAGCAAUGCCAUGACAGUUCCUCCAAUAAAGCCAACAUGGUCUGGGUUCUAUUCAUUUA